AUUAAAAUUAAAUUCCUACAGGUAGAUUCCGCUAAGGCAACCUUUGCUCCGCCAGGUCUUCCCAAUCCCAAUCACAACAUCGAAUUCACAAGGCUUAAGGCGCAAAGCUGGCUUACCACUGAACCUAAAGGAGCCAAAGUUUUUGAAGCCAUUGUAGAUGCCGAGUUGAAGAGCCAUGGAGUUAUAAUCAACAGUUAUUACGACUUGGAAGCCCCUUAUCCCGAGUAUUUCAAGAACGAUAUGGGAAGAAAGCUAUGGCUCGUUGGACCGGUUUAUCUCUUCAACAAAAACUACGAAGAAAAGGCCCAGAGAGGCGAAAACAACUCCAUUGAUGGAGCUACGAUUUUGAACUGGCUCGAUUCCAAAGAGCCUAAGUCAGUUCUUUAUGUUAGUUUCGAGAGCCAAGUUCGCAUGGCUCCCGAACAGUUCUUCGUGCUCGCUGAAACUCUAGAAGCUUCUGGCCACUCGUUUAUUUGGGUGGCCAGAUAUAUGCCAGAGAGCGGCGAGCACGAAGAAGGCAGUGGAAGGAGAGUGCUUCCAGAUGGAUUUGAGGAGAGGAUGACGAAAUCGGGAAAAGGGUUGAUAGUGAGGAGUUGGGCCCCACAAUUGCUGAUUUUGGAACAUCGUGCUGUGGGAGGGUUCAUGACUCACUGUGGGUGGAACUCGACGGUGGAGGGAAUAUGUGCUUGUCUUCCGAUGAUUACGUGGCCGUUAGCAGUAGAGCAAUUCUAUAUUGAGAGUUUGGUGGUGGAUGUGUUGAAGACGGGGAUUUGGGUGGGGAACGAGGAGUGGAUGUAUGUUAGUUUCGAGAGCCAAGUUCGCAUGGCUCCCGAACAGUUCUUCGUGCUCGCUGAAGCUCUAGAAGCUUCUGGCCACUCGUUUAUUUGGAUGGCCAGAUAUAUGCCAGAGAGCGGCGAGCACGAAGAAGGCAGUGGAAGGAGAGUGCUUCCAAAGGGAUUUGAGGAGAGGAUGACGAAAUCGGGGAAAGGGUUGAUAGUGAGGAGUUGGGCCGCACAAUUGCUGAUUUUGGAACAUCGUGCUGUGGGAGGGUUCAUGACUCACUGUGGGUGGAACUCGACGGUGGAGGGAAUAUGUGCUUGUCUUCCGAUGAUUACGUGGCCGUUAGCAGUAGAGCAAUUCUAUAUUGAGAGUUUGGUGGUGGAUGUGUUGAAGACGGGGAUUUGGGUGGGGAACGAGGAGUGGAUGUCGUUGCAUUGGGAACCCAAGGUGACGGUCACGAGAGAGAAGGUGGAGACGGCGGUGAAACGACUGAUGGGUGGUGGUGGGGAGGUGGAGGAGAUGAGGAGGAGGGCAAGAGAGUUGAGUGAAAAGGCUAAGAAAGCUGUUGAACCAGAUGGGUCGUCUGAUGCUGAUGUUGUUGGUUUGAUCAAUGAGCUCAAAUCCCGCCGUAAAUGAUGAACCUUGGAUCCAUGUUACCAGCUUCUUCUGAUGUAACAAUUGUUGGGUUCUUCUUGUUAUGUGUAACUUUAGUAUUAUUAUCAUAGAUGUUUUAAUGACAUGUUUUUAAUAAAAAUAAGGCAACUUUUUGUCAAUCUCAAUCUGCCAGUCAAAAGGGUAAAGGAUACAUAAAAUAUAGGGUUAAUUAUAUUUUUUGUUCUUAAAACGUUAGUGUCAUUUUAGUUUUCAAUUUUUAAAUUUAUGUGCAUCUCAAUAGUUUAAUUAACAAAAUCAACUGGAAUUUUUUUUUUUUUUUUUUUUUCAAUCAACUUUAGUUAUUGAAGUACGCUUCUUUUUGCCCAACAGAAAAUGCAUUCAUAGUUUGAUGGUUAAUCAAUUUUAAGCCUUUUAUCAUUUUAGUUUCAAUAUUUAUACAUUGGGUACUAAAUUGAUACAAUUUAAAUAUUGAGAAUCAAAUUGAAAUAUCAAAUUAACACAAUUUGAACAUAGGAGACGAAAAUCCUAUCUCGGGGACAAAAAAUAUAAUUAACCCUAGUUUGAUUUGCUGUGUUUUUUGUGCUCUAUGGUGUUAUGUAGUCACCAAGUCACCAACAACCAUGUGAGUCUUUUGGAUUCUGUUUAAAGCCUUCCUUGCCUGAGAAGAUAAAAGAAAGA